CGGGCACCAUGACUUCCUCGUUUUGUUUGAACUUUUCAAGCGAUCACUCGUCCCACUCUGCUUGCUUCAACCACAUAACUUACCUACCACCUGGUGUUCUCAUACCGCCCUACCGGCCAUACAGCCAUUAGACUACCACAAGCAUGAAAUCUACGAGGGCGCAGUGCUCGAUGUUGACCGCCAUGCAGGCAACGAAGCGCCCAGUGGGCCAGUGCCUAGGCCUCAAGUUGGAGCCUCAUUCGAACUGAAUACUGCCGUUGCCAACGCGCUUCCCAUUCCUGGCUCGAAGCCCUUGGGCGCGAACAGCUAUGGCAUGUCCCUUUGGGGUAAGACGGGAAAGAUCACGGCUGAACUCCCAGACGGGCAAUUGAAGAACUAUUUUCUCAAAACUGCCAGCCUUGGAGACACUGGACGAGCCAUGAUGUUCGGCGAGUACGAGUCUUUGAAGGCAAUCCGCGCGGUGAGUCCAGCGAUUGUUCCGGAGCCCUAUGCUUGGGGAAAGUACGAUGGCUCGGGCACCUACUUCCUUGUGGCCGAGUACCGUGAGGUCGGCGAGCAGCCGCCGAACCCGAUCAGAUUUACCAAGCGUCUUGCGGAGAUGCAUAAGAAGUCACUCUCGCCAACGGGGAAGUUCAGAUUUCACGUCACAACUUGCCACGCGAAGCUGCCCCAGAUCACCGACUGCUGGGAGGACUCCUGGGCGGUCCUCUACCGCAAGCAGCUGGCCCACAUGAUCAACCUUGACGAGCAGAAGCAUAGCGAGUGGCCCGAGUUCAAGAUCGCUUGCCAGCUUGUCCUAGACAAGGUGAUUCCGAGACUGCUAGAGCCGCUCCAGUCCGACGGCCGCAGUAUCACGCCUUACCUCGUGCAUGGCGACCUGUGGGAUGAGAACACGGCGACCGACAUGGCAACCGGCGAGCCCUUCACUUUCGAUGCCGGGUCCUUCUAUGGCCACAACGAGUACGAAAUCGGGAAUUGGCGAGCUGCGAGGCACCGACUGAGCGCGCAGCCUUACGUCAAGGGCUAUCUGCGGGAGUUCCCUGCCUCGCACCCAGAGGAAGAAUGGGACGACCGAAACCUCCUCUACUCGCUCCGUUUCGAUCUUGGAACCGCAAUCCUGAUCCACUGUAACCAACGCCAAAUUGUGAAAGAAAACAUGGCGAUCUUGUGCAACAAGUUCUUUCCUAAUGAGUAUGCUGCUUUGAAGAACAGCUUGACCGGGCAGCCUCUACGUGCGAACCCUGGCUUGCGGGGCGCUGUUACAUACACAGAAGAAGCGGAGAAGAGGAAGAGGACGAGACACAGCGGAAGGAAAGUGACGAAGACGAUGAAGACAACAAAUUGUCGAAUCAGUAUGGCUUGGACAUUGACGAUGAGUGGGACGACCACCUUACUCUCGUCGACGAGGACCGGCGGGGCCAAGUGGAACUCUAUUUGCAAGCUGCUGAGAUGCUUGUGCAGGUGCUUGGACCAUUUUCUUUUUUUAUAUCACCGACGACUCUAUUUUAGGAUACUUCUAGGGAAAGCAUCUCAAGACCAUAUGGCUCACCUAUCGGCACUACACAUAAACCCGGUUUGUAGACGGGACAUUCAUUAG